AUGAAGAUUUUUAAUUGUAUUCCAGAUAUUGUUCAAUGGAGACUCACACAAGUAAGUCGCCCAGUAGAAACAAUUGGCUUCGUACCUACUAUGGGCUGUCUCCACGCAGGUCACAUAGCACUUGUAAACCAGUCAAGAAAGGAGAAUAGCCUCACGGUGGUUUCCAUCUUUGUAAACCCAUCGCAGUUUGCGCCUGGUGAAGAUCUAGACAAAUACCCCAAGACAUUAGAAGCUGAUUUAGAUCGCCUUAGAGACGCAGGCGUCGACGCCGUAUUUGUUCCCACGCCAGCUAUGUUGUAUCCUCAAGGAAUUCCUUUGGAUGUUACCCAACAACGUGGCCCAUUUGUCUCGGUCCAUGGUAUUAGCGAAGUGCUCGAGGGUCGUACACGGCCGAAUUUCUUUCGCGGUGUCGCUACGGUCGUCACCAAGUUGUUUAAUAUCGUAAGUCCAGAUAAAGCAUACUUUGGCCAAAAGGACAUCCAGCAAUUCCUGGUUCUGGAAACUAUGGUACGGGAGUUGUUCAUGCCAGUAAAACUGGUCAUGAUGCCAAUUGUCCGGGACGACUCCGGCUUGGCGCUAAGCAGCAGGAACCGGUAUCUCUGUCCUGAAUCUGCCCAACUUGCUAGCGCGAUAUAUCGCGGCCUACAAAGUGCAGCUUCCGUAAUUCAAAAUGCCGCUGACCAAGUCUCCAGAUCUGAAGUAGAAGCUGCGGCUUACAACCACUGGAACCCUCUAAUCAAUUCCGGAGACUUCAAGGUCGACUACCUGUCCAUCGCCGAAAAAUCCACCCUACAGGAACUUGGCCCAUCUAUCACUAAGUCGAAGCAAAUCGUCCUCAGCUGUGCUGUCUACGUCACUGACCGUGAAAAUAAAGCUACUGUUGUUAGACUUAUCGACAACAUCUUAAUUGAAAAUUGA